AUGGCGUCAUCAUGGCCGUCCGUUCCACCCACCCCGCCAACCAGUCGCCUGACGUGCAUGUCGGGCUCGUUGCCGCAGUGCCUUCGGGACCGUGCGGGAGGAUUUGACGAGCUACGCGCCCUGAACAUCCGGAAUAAUCCCCCGAGCAUCGUGUUCGACAACGUAUCGGACGAGCGGUCGACGCUGGUGAAGGUGGGGAGCGCGAGCCGGCACGGGUGUCUGCUGGAGGUGGUGCAGCUGCUCUCCGACCUCAACCUCGUCAUUCCCAAGGCCUUCAUCUCCUCCGACGCCGCCUGGUUCGUCGAUGUGUUCCACGUGCGGGACUCAGCGGGGGAGAAGCUGCGCGACAGGCGCCUCAUGGCGUACAUCCAGCAGGCGCUGGGAGCGCCGUCGUUUGAAGAGGUCGCCCCGCCCGCGUCGUCCUCCCCGUCCUCUCGCUCCGCUCACGCUCCCGCCGCGCACUUACCGGCACCUCCCCACCACGCGCACUCCGCGUAUGCCGCCCCCACGCGCUCUAUUUCCGCCAAUCAGACCCUAAGCACCGCCCCUUUCUUUGAAUCCGGAAACCUCUCGUCUUCCGCCGUUUCUGCUGCUUCCGCUUCCGCCGCCGCCGCUGCCGCAGCCGCUGCAGGCGCUGCGAGCCCUGCUGCGCCCGGAGGAGCGGCGCCGCCCGCUUCUUGCUGCCUGGCGCCGGCGGCGCACACGACGAUUGAGAUCACGGGCGGGGACAGGCCAGGCAUCCUAGCGAACGUGGCGGCGGUGCUGGCGGCGGCGCAGUGCAACGUGGUGGGCGCGGAGGUGUGGACGCACAACGGCCGAGUGGCGUGCGUCGUGUGCGUCACCGAUAACACCGCAGGAGGGGGCAGGAUUAAAGACCCCCUCCGCCUGAAGCGGAUCAGGGCGGAGCUCGCUGCGAUCGUGAGGCCUGUUGCAGCCACCGCCGGUGCGUCGCCAGCCGCUACCUGCCACGCGCCGGGCCUCUCGCCCCCUCCGCUUCCUCCUCGUGCGCCCACUUCCUUCCCGCCACACGCGCACGCGCACGCAAACAUUCACGCAAACGUACAGACUGUUCCCGCUGCUGCUCCUGCCGCCGCUGGCGCUUCGGUCGUAGGGGCGGGGGUUGCCGCGCAGGUCAGCGGGGUCGCGGGUGGGGAGGAGACAGGGCGGGGCAUGGGGGAGGGGGCAGCGGCGGCGAGGGCAGAAGCGCAGGCGGUGCAGCGGGCAGCGGACAAGCAGCACGCGCUGCAGGCAGCCAUGCUCCGCGGACAGGCCGGGGCGCAGGCGGCGCCGCCGCCGCCAGGAGGGGUUUGGACGGACGUGGAGUGGGAUUCAGUGGCGUGGCGCGGCGGCAUGCGGGAGCGGGGGAGGGGGGAGCGCGGCGCGGGGGGCGUGGAGAGCACGUCGCUGCCAGUGACAAUGGCGCACGCGGAGCGGCGGCUUCAUCAGCUGCUGUUCGCGGACAGGGACUACGAGGAUAACACCGCUCCUGCGCCCGUGCCCGCCGCCGCCGCCCCCACCGCUUCCGCUGAUGCUGCCCCCGCCCCCACCGCACCUGCGACGCUCCCCCGUGUAGCUGGCGUGGCGUCUGAUGCGGGGGCGAGCGGUGGUUCGCUUGGCAGAAGCGAGGCGGGCAGGCAGGGUGGUGUGGAGGGUACUACAGGGUUGCAGCGGGUGCAGCUGACUCGACCCGCCCUCAUGCCCUUGCAUACUCCCCGCCCCUCGCCUCACGUCUUCGCCCAACCCACUCUCUCCUCCCCACCGCUUUACCCUCCUGCGGCAGCCGCCGCCGCUGCAGCAGCUGCUGUGGCGAGCGGACCAUACUCUCUCUCUCCCACUAACGCUGCUACUACAGCGGUCCCCGCCCUGCCGCCCCACCCCAGCAGGCCUACGCCUGGGCUUACAAUCACUGCGCCUAUGGGCUGGGCUGCAUCAGGGCUUUUCUCUCAGGUGGUUUCAACAGAGCCACGUGGCGAGGAACGUGCUAGUGGCGUGGGCCGGCAGGGCUGUGCAGGCGCAACGGGUGGGGGCAGCAGUGGUGGUGCGUGGGUGGGCGGGCGACUGAUGGGGUCCCGGGCCCCUGCAACAGGCGGGGUGGUGGGCAGGAGAUCAAGGAGAGCCGGGCCGAGUGGCAGCACCGGUUCCACUGCGCCUGGUUUCUGCAGCAACGCAAGCGGCAGCAGCAGUGGCGGCAGUGGGAGUGGUAGUUGUGGUGGGAGUGGUGUGAGGGUGAGUGUGCGCAACAGUGUGGAGCGGCAGUACUCGGUGGUGCGUGUGCGGUGUCGGGACCGGCCGAAGCUGUUGUUUGACACGGUGUGCACGCUCACGGACAUGGGGUACAUGGUGCACCACGGCGCCAUCUCCUCCCACCACGGCUGGGGCCUGCAGGAGUACUACAUACGGCAGAUGGACGGCAGCACACUGGAGUCAGAGGCGGAGAGGCAGCGAGUCAUCAAGUGUGUCGAGGCAGCCAUUGAGCGCCGCACGCCCAAGGGAGUGCAUCUGGAGCUGUGUGUGAACGAUCGAGCGGGCCUGUUAUGCGACGUGACGCGCCUCCUGCUCAGCCACAACCUGUCCGUGGCAGCGGCCAACGUGAGCACACGUGGCAGCACGGCAGUGGACGAGUUCAUCGUCACUGACUCAUCCGGCCGCCCCGUGGACGUGCCAAAGGUGCUGGCAGCCGUGCGGCAGCACAUGGGCCCGCAGGCGCAGGUCACAGUCAAGGGCGUCACAGAGGGGGAGGAGGGGGAGGACGCAGGGGGGGAAACGAUGGGGAGCGGAAAGGGCGCGCGAGCUGUGGGUGCAGGUGGUGGGGCAGCGCGGCAUCAUGUGGCGGGGAUGCAUCGCAGCCACAGCUGUGGGUGGCAGCCGGGGUGGGGGAGCCGCGGGGCAGGGUUUGGCACGGGGUCCGUCAGCGGCAGUGGGCUUGGGAUGAGGGACAGGCAGCUGGGAGGAGGGAGCAAGGGAGAGGAGUAUGUGGAGGAUGAGUUUGGGUUGGAGGACGAGGAUGAGGAUGAGGGGUGGGGCGAGGGUGGGGAGAUGUUUGGUGCUGGGCUGGGGAGUGAAGGGGAAGAAGGGCAGGAGCAGGCGGGCGAGUCGUCAUCCAUCUUGGGUGCUGUGUGGAGGCAGUCGGAGUGGCUGCUAUCGUCACUAGGUUUUGGUACCAAGACACAGCAAGACUAA